UUCCCCCUUCCGGGCCGGGCUGGCCGCUCCACGGCACGGUGCACGCCUGCGCGGCCCGGCGGGGUUGGGACUGUUGCGGCCCGCAUACAGCUUUUCAAUGGAAAAGGUGUUAAAAACUGUCUGCAGCACUAUGGAAGCAUGGAGACAAAGUAGUCAUCUGUUGAGGCCUUCAAGGAACUAUUGGGCAAAGUGACGGAAAUGAAGAGCUUGAGCCAUCACUUCAGUAUGGCGGCAGCUGAAUCUGACAAGGACUCUGGAUAUUCAGAUGGAAGUUCGGAGUGCCCAAGUGCUAUGGAGCAGACUGACUCGGAGGACGUGCUGAAUGCCUUGUGUUGGAAUGCAGAGGAUGGGCCUUGGCAAUGCCCAGUGACCACAAGCAACUCCUUUCCUGCGCUUUCUCCUAUGGUUGUAAUGAAAAAUGUGUUAGUUAAGCAGGGAAGUUCAUCACAGCUCCAAUCUUGGACUGUGCAGCCAUCCUUUGAAGUGAUUCCAGCUCAGCCACAGCUAGUGUUUCUUCGGCCCUCAAUUCCACCUACCAUCAACCCUCAUUCUGCUGGCAAAAAGAGAAAUGACUCCACUAAUUACCUGCCCAUUCUGAAUUCUUAUCCCAAAAUAGCACCACAGCCCUGCAAAAGAGAUCACUCCUUUGAUCUAGAAGAACAUCAGGAAACCAAUUGCCAUAAACGACUCUGCGUAGAAGCACCCAAAAUGGAGAAUUCUCCUGUUUUGAGGAGCACAGGCUUGCCACCUAGUCCUUUUGCCCACCCACCAGUUAGCUUUAAGACCCCUCAGGGUUCUAACCAGCAAAAUCCUUCAACUCUGCUGACCAGUGGAAAACUGUCAGCAUCUCCUGGUUGUCAACGUGUUUCCAGUGACACUCGGAAAGUACCAAGUUUGACUCCCCUUUUGCCUUUUGGAACUCUGCAGGCAACAAAGUGCACCCCUCAUGACAGUGAGAGUGCAGCACAGACUACAAUGCAGUCUGCAGCAUGGAGCCCCCCAUUAAUACCAGAAGAGAUUUGCACUACCCCUGAGCUGCUUUUGCAACAGCAAAGCAAGUGCAGACGCUUUCAAAAUACACUCGUCGUGCUCCGCCGGUCAGGCUUGCUGGAGAUCACUUUAAAAACCAAGGAGCUCAUUCAUCAGAACCAGGUGACACAGGCAGAGCUGGACCGGCUGAAGCACCAAACACAUCUAUUCAUAGAGGCAAUAAAGAACAAUGCUCCACAGUCGUGGGCAGAGCUAGAAGCAUCUCUGACAGGAUCUGAUAAAGCUGAUGGCAACCUUGAAGACCUCACUUAUCCUAACAUCUAGUAAGAAAGUUACAUAGCUGUUGGUCAUGGUAUUUCUGUGCCUAUUUCCUGUCUCAGGCUUUUACUUGAGCAUUUUCUGAAUUCAAGACUUGCAAAGCGGCAUGCCAUUAACAACUUGUCUUCAGAAGCAGUUGUGGGACUGGAAUAGCAUGGUGGGAUCUUGGCAAAAUGGCUACUUACUGCUUCACUGUGACCUUGAACUCCGUGCUAUGGACUUGAGAAGCUUGGAUAUGCUCUGCUGGCACGUCCCCAUUCUUGCAAUGAAAAGAUGGUCAUUUGCAGUAUUCUGCAAGCAAGCAUCUUCCUGUUUCCAUCUUCAGAUAGUCAGCUCUGAAAAUGGAACAGCAGAACAGGCCCCAGUAUUGGACCAUCAUCAGUUGCAAGUAGAUGAAGGGAGUUGGUGUGAGGACAGGAGACUUAGGUUAGGGGGCUGGUAUCUUCAGGCUGUCACUGUCCUUCAUUGUAGCAGAGUCUUGCUUCGGGGUUUUAAUGCAUUUGAAUUGGUGGACGACAGCUUGUGCUGAAGCAGUGUUCCAUAUACAUUGCAGUCUGAUUAAAGUGAUGAAUAUCUUGGGGACCCAGGUGAAAUGAGGUGUUUUGAUCAAUAUACUUUCAAUUUUGAUCUAUACAGCUGAGUGAGUGAAAAUCACAAGGCUUGCACUGGAUUUGUUUGUUCCAAAGCCAUGUUUAUUAGUGGCUAACAAGCAUACAAGGCAGAUGACUGGAUUUUCUCAGUGGUUAACAGAUUAAGCAUCAUUAUUAAAGACUGCAGUGACUUUUUUUAACAAUACAAGGAAGACAUUGAUUUACCAAGACUAGUUGCAUAUUAUUUGGUAUGUAUAUCUUUAGUUUACAAGCCUAAACUCCUCAUUUUUAUUCUGUGAAAUCAGCUUGCUAAGUAUUUAAAAAAAAAAAAGAGGUGAAAGGAAAAGGAUCAUAAUGGCCUGUAGUGGAACAAGGCCUUCUCCCAUCCCUCUUCUCUCUUUUUUUUUUUUGUUCACAGAAAACAGGUGAAUGGGCCUGGAGAAGGCAGCAGGGGAGGGAAAAAAAAGUCAGCUUGAAUAAUCUCCCUAAAAAUGUUAUGUACCUGAGUUUGAACUUAAACCCAACAAACCCCAAAACAGUUUUCCUCCACAUAAAUUUUAUAUCAUUCCUAACCUGCUUGCCUUGAGAUAUAGCUAACCACUGUGUGCAUAGGGUGUUAGGUCUUACUAGUAGAGAUCCACAGUAGUCAUGUUACAAAAACUGUUCUACAGACAUUUCUUUCAUCUCGGUUUGUCUAGGUACUUAACUAUGUCACUCCAAGGGUGGGUUUUUUUCAGAGACAAUCUGUGUAGAGAAUGGCUUUGUCUAAGGAUGUUAAGGGAUCUGGAUUGUUUAUGGUAUGUUCCUUUCUGUGUGACAAUGUUUUCCAAAAAUUGUGCAGUCCAGAUGACUAGGUGUUUUGAUACUUUGAUCACUUCUAUCAUCUGUUUCAGAUUCCUAAAGAAACUUGAAAGUAGAGUGGAUGCCAUGCUAAAUUUGUGAGUAGACCUUUUCAUUUUCUGAUGCCUGUGGGAAUCAAUAUUGCAGAAAGCUGUAGAGAAUGCUUUUGUAGUCUUUCUCAAAUACGUGCAUUAGAGAAAUUGUAAGGGGCUUCUCUCUUUUGAGGGGUUUCCCCCUUUUUACACUGAUGAAAAGAAACACCAGACAUUCCUCACAGAGGAGAAAUUUGAGGUGUAUUUGUACUAGUCAUACGCCUAGAGAGAAAUUCUGUGGCAAGGUUCAGCCUAGCUGGUAGCCAUGCCUGUCUGUCAUGGUGUCCUGCCCAGCUGCUGAAGACUGGUACGCUGUUGGGGAGCUGAUUAAAACAAAAGUGUUCACAGACUGUCUUCUGUCAUGUUUUUUUUUUUUUAUAUACCUGCUGUAAUUCUAUAUCCUAGGAUGUCUCAACUUGCAGUACAGCAAUAUUGAAACUCAGCCAGCAAACCUGGAAGGCAGCUGUAAUAAUGUAUAGGACAUAUCCAAUCGAGCUCUUUUGGAACUGGUUGUGAGAUCUCGCCCAAUGACAUUUGGCAGACUAGAAGUGAUGGUACCUAGGCUGUUUGUGAAAGAAUCUCAAAAGAUAAGCUCAUUUCUUCAGAGCUCCUUACAGGGAGAAAAGGGGGCAGUACGAGGCAGUUCCAUUGAUCAGAUAUGUGUAAUAGACCUAGAGGUGAGAUGUGAGAAAUGCAUAGGUUAUCUUUCCUACUUUUCAUAAAAUUCUUGUUGUAUCCAUUAAAUAGAAGUGGGAAUUUGAAGUUCAGAAUAUAUAUAUAUUUAGGAAGUGAUUGUCCUAGAAAACAAGAUGAUGGACUCAGGCUUCCUGGAGAUGAAGUAAUAAAAAAAGAAGCCUGAUCCUAGCUGUUUGAGACAAGAAAAAGUGAGCCUACCAGUGACCUCCGUCCUAUUUCUGCUGAUCUGAGAGAAUAAAAGGGAGGAAGGGAAAAUUUGCCUUGCAGGGUAGUACCAUCUGACUUACGGAUGUUCUAGCGAUAGAAAUUUCACAGUCCACAUGAUGCAUUUUCUCCUCUGACAGCACUGAGGGUGGGAUGAAGUGGGUGUGUUUAUAGCUGAUGGGGCUUUCAGCUGGUGUAAUUUGUAUAAAUAUAUAUUCAAUAAAUCUGUGAAUAAAGUCCAGCAGCUGAUUAGGAAUCUCCGGCCGGGCAUCAGUCCAGAUUUAAAUAGAAUUUGCAGAACUAGAAAAAUUCACUCUGAAACUAUUAUAUGUAAAUCUGGGGUCCUUUAGAAACCAAAUUCCUGCAUAACUGUAUAUCUCGACACAACGUGUGUAAAGACAUAUUGAAGGCCCCUAGUGAUAGAUAUGUUCUCAAGUACUAUUCUUUUCAGUUUCUCUUAGCUGCCUUUAUUCCUGGAAACCCUGAUAAACUUUUAAACAAUAAGGGCUUUCCUUUCUCGGCUGCAAUUUAAUGAAACAGGUUAGCUUGGAACUGUGACCAGAAUAGGUCCUAAUUCUGAGCAGGACCUGGAAGUGGUCCAAGAGAUCUGAGCAGAAACAUUAGCCUUUCUGAUUGGAGACCUGUAAGCAAUGAACUUGCAGACUUUUUUUUUAUUAGUUUUUUUUUACCUUUGGAGCAGCAAGACUUUGUAUUUACAACUUAGCUGAAGACACCUGUCUCUGUCUAAAAAGUCAAUCAGAUGGCCUGCUGGGGUUUGAGUUGCUGCUGGCAACUAGCAGGUAGGGUAGCUUCAUGAGUCAGACAGACUGUUGUUUUUCUGUUAAGUUUUAAUAAAUGUUGCUAUUUUUUAUUACAUUUAUGUAUUUUUGGAAUUAUUCUGCUCUUGAUGGAAUGUAAACAUUUUCUGUUCUUUGGAAAGUCCAUUGCCAGCUCUGAAUACAGUAGCCUAAGAGCUGUUAUAGAACAUGACCUUUUUGCUAAAAUUUUACAGAAACAGACUGUGAAAUAUUAAUUAAAUAAAGUAUAUACUUGAAAA